CAUUUCGGUACAACGGACAUAUUUUGAUGUUUAUGUUAAUUUCAUAUCCGAUCCAACUAUAACGAUUAGUCAGAGUGUUACAGUAGAUGUCUGAUUAAAUAAAGUUAGAACCGAAAUGUAUUUUUACCAGUCGGGACGAAUAGUUUCGUCUUAGAAGCAGAAAUAAUAACAACAGCGUAACAUUUAGCAGAAAUGGUAUACGUUGAGAGGGUUAUGCUAACUUAAUGUUGUCUGCUGUUAGUACAUGCACUUGUACUUGACAUGGAGAACUUUGUUCUGUAUGAAGAACUUGGCAAAGGAGAAAAUGCCAUCACAUACAAAGGACGAAGGAAGGGAACGAUCAAUUUUGUAGCAAUACAUUGUAUUGACAAGUGCAAGAGGCCAGAAGUAACCAAUACAGUUCGGAUAACACAUGACAUUAGUCACAACAAUGUCGUCAAGUUCUACGAGUGGUACGAGACGAGUAACCACCUGUGGCUAGUCGCGGAGCUGUGCACGGGCGGCAGUCUAGACUUACUCAUUAAGCAGGACGGCAAUCUUCCAGAGAGUUCAAUUCGAACAUUCGGUCAGGAUCUCGUCACAGGCCUUCACUACAUUCACAGUCUGGGCAUUCUGUUCAAUGAUCUGCAACCGUCAAAGGUCCUGCUUGAUUCUUUGGGUGUAUUGAAGUUUGCUAACUUUGGACUGUCGAAAGUGGAGGGAGAAAAUCUUCAGGAACUUUUCCUCAAGUUUGCCGACGCCGGUGAACAGUGGAACCAGGAAACAUUUGAAGAAGAUUUGAAGAAAAUAAAUUCAACUGGUUGUUUGACGUAUAUGGCUCCAGAAGUAAUGGCGGGACAGGAACCAUCAGUGUUGAGUGAUCUGUGGUCUUUUGGCUGUGUUCUCUAUGAAAUGUUCACAGGUCAUCCACCGUUUCUGGCCGAAUCUGAUGAACAGUUGAAAGAAAAAGUAAUGAACAAACCCUUCCCUCCUCCUAGGGUUAAAGGAACAAGGUUUUCUGGGAUGGCUUCACCCGACUUUCUCAGUCUUAUUGAAGGACUGCUGGAAAAGGAUUUUCUCAAAAGAAUUGGCUGGUCCGGUCUGGUGACUCACCCGUUCUGGCAGGGAUGUUUGUCGCAACUCUCCAAGGAUUUCACCACGUCGCAGGAAAUCAGGGACAGUUCUGUCACCACGGGGAGGAGCAGUGUCUUCGAACAUGGUGGCAGUUCGGCACUAGGGAAGAUCAAGGGGGUGGAACUUCGACGCAGCAUGGAAAGACCGGUGUCAAAUCUGGAUGCCAUCGAUGCCACAAAUCGUCCAGGUUCUACUCUUGGUGACUAUAUGAGGCCAAAAACAGCACCGGGAAACAAUGGGGAGGAAACUCUGUUCACCCUGAGUGCUAGACCACAUACAGCCGUUCCACCUGAUGACAGAGUUACCUCCCCUCACAAGCACAUCCACUCACCCAUGGCAACGCGAGAGGUGGUCGGUGCCACGAAAGACGAAGAUGUCACCGAUGCGUCUCAGAGUGAACUGCUCAGCUACAUGUUCCACAGUUCGGACUUUAUCAUAUCUCCCAUCGUAGACAACCCGAAGAUUCAAAAACCACAGUCUGCAAAAUUUGAUUCAAAAGUGCUACCUGUACCCCCUUACUCAGUUGAAAAGCUGACGGCCCUUAGUGAGAAAGACCUCACCAAGCACAUGAAACAAAUCCUCGACAAUAUCUCGCAGCCAGAGAAGGGUCCGCCGUCUCAGAAACGCAUCCAUCUGCUUCACUACGUGGCCAGUAUCGCGUCCAGCCCAUUUGUCGCCAGUCUCCUGUUGCAGAGUAAUGCACUCAGUAUCAUGGGAAGACAACUCAAAGAUACUCCUCACGUGGAAGUGCGAAUUAAACUAGGAAGAGUUAUGGCCCUUGUUGCUCUUCAUGGCGAGGAUUUGGAUGAAGGAACCAAUGUUUCUGAAGCAAUGACAACCCUAACAGAGAUUGUACGUGAAAAUGUUAAAAAUACAAAACUGAAACAAGGUCUGUUUCCAGCUCUUGGCGAAAUUUUAUAUCGAGUAGCUGUUCAGGAGCAGAUUCGUGGCCAGAGUGUGGACAAUUGGUCGGUGCCUUCGAUGACAUACACUGUGAUCGCUCGAAGUUGUCGGGAUGGGGAGGAUACAACUCUGAACCACAUUGCUGCUAAGAUUGUCGAGAACGUGUCUGCUACGAAAGGUGUUCACGCUCAGAAAUUUGUUCACAAUGAGAUGGCUCAGUCUUUGUGGUAUUUGUUCAAACACUCCACGGUUGAUGCGGUGCGGUGUACCGCCCUUUCUGCAUUGUGUCGUCUUACCUGGCAUAACGCGCAGGUGUUUCAGAGUGUCAUCGACACGGUUGGCCUGUCUGCAGUUCUCGCUGCACUAAUGUUGGGCAUCUCGCGAGUCCAGCAGUCCAUCGUUACUAUGUUCGGAGCCCUGCUGGCAUCAGGCUCUCAUCUGACGCGACUCAUUCAAGACAAGGAUUUUCUUCAGAAGAUUAUGCGUCUGUUGGAGAGUCCGUCGACCAUCAUCCGCGCCAAGGCGUUUCUCGUCCUGUACCACUUCAUCCGCAACAACACUGACGUCCUUCUCAACAGCUGUCAGGCCAGAUUGGUCAUGUACAUAGAACGAGAUAGUCGUCGUCAAACACCACGUGAAACAAGGGGAGAUAACCAAGAGUCGUGGGCAUUCAUGGGCCAGUGUCUUGAUCUGCUUGUAAACCACAUUGUCAACGCUGUGCCGUCCAUAUUCAAGGACAUUUUAUCAGCACUGGAUGCAGUAGGGGGACGAAAACAUCCAUCGGCCGUCCAAGUGAAACAGCUGAAAAUAUCACUGCCACAUCUGCCGAUAUUUUUACAUCUUGUUACCAGUCAGGUAUUCCGUGGUCGUACAGUAACGGAAGAGUUUGUGAUGAAUCUGGGUCGACUUCUCGUGCAUGUGAACAGCAUUGAAUCGGGACAGACCAACAUCGAAUCAGCUUCAGACAAAAUGAAAGCUUCUAUUGGAGUUGGAGAGUUUGUAACCACAGUGAUGUCCAUAUUGGAGGGCAUAUCCCAGCAUCCCACACUGUUAAUAGAACACCAUCAGAACAUCAUAGAAACGAUCCUGCCUACUCUAGCAGCUCUUAUGAACUGUCAGAAUGUGGACAUGAAAGCGUCGUCUCUGCGUCUGUUCUCUCAGAUCGCAUCCGUGUAUCUGUCAGGUGACCAGUACGGGGCGUCGGACUCAACCGUGAGCAUCGCACAGCUUCACAAGAUCAUCGCGGAACAUCUCCUACCACUGUAUGAACAGAUUCUUCUUGACCAGGACCCACUGCCGAGUUACGGGCUGAAACUUCUUCUGGCCAUACUGGAACAGAACCCGGCCUUCAUCGCACAGUUUGAACGACAGGGGCUCGUUCAAGUUGUCUUCCAAGUUCUGCUCGAUCAUCAGAACAACCCCACAAGUGGUGCCAUGCAGUGCAUUGUGGGUAUUUUGAACUGUCUGGUCAGUCACAGAGAGACAAACAUGCAAGAACUGUAUGAUCAGGGUCUGAUUGACUACCUAUCGACACUGUUCUUCGAGGUUUCGGCUGUGUGUCUGGAAGGCGAGGACAGUUGCCGUGACGUCAAGACAGCCAACACGAUGCUACAGACGCUGCUGGAUUGUCUACAGAGUCUCUUCAAGCAGGUGUCGGAGGUCGUACGCAAGGCUCUACAGGCGAAGAAGUCGGGAGUCGAGGGGAGCGGACAUGACGCGGAGGUGGCUGAACAGCUGUUACUAGUCAACAAACCACUGACUGAUCUCACCAGUCUCUUGACGCAUCUGCUUUGUUACGAGGACACGGAUAUUCAAGACUUGUCGACAAAGUGCCUGUCUCUGAUAGUACAGCUGUUUGGAGGGGAAAACCGAGACGCGUUAUCAGAAGAAAACAUGGAAUACUACAGCAAAGCCUUGAAGAAAUCAGAAGCUAAGAAACAAAAAGUUCUUCUUCGCAUUAUCAAAAGAUUGGUGAGUACUGAGAAACAUCAUGCCGACUCAAUGAGGAACCAUGGCGACAUCCUGGCACAAACGAUCAAGUCACUAGUCCACACGGCCAGUUCCCAUGCUGAUGUGGCUCUGUCUAGUGUCGCUGCAGAAAUUCUGAAAGCUACAGGACAUCUGACGUGAGAGAAGUAGAACAAGGAGAGUGAUUCUGGGUCAAACACCUGGCACUGUGCUUAUAAACUCAAGACUGAGACUGAGACUUUUAAUGUCAUGGCAACAGCAUUCUAAAAAUUGAACAUUUGUGUAAACAAGUUGUGGAUGACGCAAAAACAUUUUUUAAAAACAAUUAUUUAUUGUCCCAGAACACAUCUGUAAUGUCAGGAUUGGGGCCCUGAAUUCAUUACAUACAGAAACAUAGUGGUACACAGUGCGCAUGCACACACACACACACACACACACACACACACACACACAAUCAAAAAAUAUAUAUAUACAUACAGAUGUACUAUUUUAACAAACACACAGGCACAUUUAGUUUAAACCAAGUAAAACUAGUUGGUAGCAAAAACAAAUAUUACUUGCAACAGAUUACGCAAAAUGAAAUGAUUUACUUGUAAGUAAAUACAGGAUACUCCCCGAGUGUCUUGUGAUAUCAUAAUUUAUCAGCACAAAUUAAUAAAAGUAUGAAAUCCGAGGCUUGCUGAGGAUUUUUAUACUUUUAUCGAGUACUGGUAAAUUAUGAUAUCACAAGACACGAGGAGGUAUUCUUUUUAUCAUCCAUUAUCAUUCUUUUCAUUUGCAACAAUUGUAAACAAUAGCAGUAAUGUGGGUUGAAUGUCACUAUAUUUGACAGCAGUAGACUCUUUAACUAGCAGAAUGACAGUGGUGUGACGUCACUAAUGAUAGGUUUAGCGCUGAAACAUACAUAGUGACGUAACAAAAAGAUGUGAUAUCUCCUAAGAGAAUAUUGCAAGAGAUAUAGCAAAUUAUAGUGCUAGCUAUAUCUUCUACAAAAGUCUUUUAUGGAUGAUAAACUAGUUUAUUUUGCCUUAUAGAUUAGUUCUGCUUUGUUGGAGAAUGCAAUGGUCAACCCGACAAUUUGGUUGUUGGAAAAGCAGAUACAUCACCAAUGGAGGUAGUAUUCAUAUUAAAACACGUUAAUGGCCAGAUGUGUGCUACAGUAUCAUCAGAAUUGCUUUCAUGUAUUUCAUGUAAAUCAUUGAAUGUACAACUUACGACUUAAUACAUAUAACCAGUGCAGAAUGCAAACCAAUGGCAUUUCCAGAAGGCUGAGAACUCAGGAACUUUUUGACUGGUAUCAUCGUCGUUUUAUCACGUCAUAUUCAUAAAACAUUAGGUUAAAAAACCAAUCUAGUUAGCGAUGCAAUCAUGUCAUCCUGAAGGUGCCUUGCAUGUACUGGACUGUGCAGAGCCGGUUUAAGGAUCCGCAGGGCCUGUAGCACAAAUAACAGCAGGGCCCCCUACCAAUGAUAUAUAUUUUGCAACCCCCUCAGGGAGAGGGGAAAAAUGACCUGGAGAAAAAAAGAAUUUCACAUCACCGCAGUGCCCCCUGAAGUGUGGGGCCUAUAGCACAUGCUACUAGGAUAAACCAGCUCUGGGAUUGAACCAGAGAUCCAUAUUACUAGGAAAUAACUGAAAUAUGUAAAUCUGUGUUAAUAGGGCUUGAUUGUAGGAAAGAUACUGGAGGCUAGGUUCUACGAGUAUGAAGUCUUGUAAGUUGAUGUGUUAGCUAAUAUUGGGUUACGCAGAACUAGGCUUGUGUAACCAAACCUGUCAUUCUCACUUCUUUCAGAGGCCUUGAACAUCCAGGGCUAAAACAUUAAGUUGCUGAUGCAAUUGUUUAAAGCGACAUACCCUAGUUUUAAAAAAAACACGUUCGUCUGAGAAGUAAUGGUUACCGAGACACGCUCUAGUUAUUUUUUAUGGUAUUUCCCUGUUUAAACAUCACAGACUUUAGCUUC